AGUAAGAAAAGUGAAGUUAAAGACCAUGGGAGAUGCAGCAAAGCCGUAUUUUCUGAAGCGUGCUAAAGAACGAGGGACUAUAGACGAUGAUGAUUUCAGAAGGGGUCAUCUCCAGCAAGACUAUUUAAUAAUGGAGGAUUAUGUUAAAGGCCAUAAUGGUAAAAUGGAAAAGGGCCUUCUGAAAAAAAAAGUACCACCAGGACACUAUGGGAAUAUUCCUAGAAAAGGACCAUAUGCUGUCUCCAACAAUCCAUAUGCAUUUAAAAAUCCAAUUUACAGUCAACCAGCUUGGAUAAAUGACAACCACAAAGAUCAGAAUAAGAGAUGGCUUUCUGAUGAACUUUCUGGUAAUACAGACAAUUGGAGAGAAUUUAAACCUGGACCUAGAAGUUCUGUUAUAAGCCGUGUGAAGAAAGACUCCUUUCAGGAAAGUGAAGAUGGUUAUAGAUGGCAAGAUGGAAGAGGCGGCAGAACUGUAAGACGAGUGUUUCAUAAAGAACUAACAAGUGUAGAAACUGUGUCAGAAAUGGAAGCAGGAAGCCCUGAAAACAAGAAGCAGAGGUCAAGACCUAAGAAACCAAGGAGAAGUAGGAAUGAUGAAAAUGAGCAAGAUGAAGACUUAGAGGGCCCCGUGAUAGAUGAAGCAGUCCUUUCUGUGAAAGAGCUCCUGGGCUUACAGCAAGCUGAGGAGCGACUGAAGAAAGACUGCAUCGAGAGACUGGAAAGGCGACCACGAAACUAUCCUACAGCAAAAUACACCUGCAAACUCUGUGAUGUCUUAAUAGAAUCCAUUGCAUUUGCCCAUAAGCAUAUCAAAGAAAAAAGGCACAAGAAAAACGUUAAGGAAAAGGAGGAAGAAGAGUUACUGACUACAUUGCCCCUCCCAACACCCUCCCAGAUAAAUGCAGUUGAUCUUGCCAUUAACAAAGUGGUAAAGGAGUUUGGCUUACACCCUGAGAAUUUGGAACAGAGAUUAGGAAUUAAGCAUAUCAUGGAAAAUGUGUUCCGACACAAGUUACCAGAUUGUUCUCUAAGAUUAUAUGGGUCAUCCUGUAGCCUGUUUGGUUUCAGAAAUUCAGAUGUAAACAUUGACAUCCAGUUUCCAAUCACUAUGUCUCAACCAGAUGUCCUCUUACUUGUUCAAGAAUGUUUAAAGAAUAGUGAUUCUUUUAUUGAUGUUGAUGCAGAUUUCCAUGCUAGAGUGCCAGUGGUGGUGUGCAAAGAAAAGCAAAGUGGUCUUCUUUGUAAAGUAAGCGCAGGAAAUGAAAAUGCCUGUCUGACAACAAAUCAUUUAACUGCUCUUGGCAAAUUAGAACCAAAAUUAGUUCCUUUGGUGAUUGCAUUUAGGUACUGGGCAAAGCUUUGCAGUAUAGAUCGCCCUGAAGAAGGUGGCUUGCCCCCUUACGUGUUUGCCCUGAUGGCCAUUUUCUUUCUUCAGCAGAGGAAAGAGCCCCUUCUACCUGUUUACCUAGGAUCAUGGAUUGAAGGAUUUUCAUUAAACAAGCUAGGGAACUUCAACCUUAAAGAAGUCAAGAAAGACAGUGUGGUGUGGGAAUAUACUGAUGCUGCCACAGAAAAUGCAGACCCAGUGGCAGAGGAGGUGGCCCGAGAGCUGAGAGAGUCACCAGUGAAGAAAGGACAGGCGCCAUUGACUCUUGAUUUCAGACACCAGCCAUCAGUACCAGUUGGGCAGCUCUGGGUGGAAUUGCUUCGCUUCUAUGCUUUAGAAUUCAGCCUGGCUGAUCUAGUGAUAAAUAUACGUGUCAAAGAAUCUGUAACUCGUGAAUUAAAGGAUUGGCCUAAAAAACGUAUUGCCAUUGAAGAUCCUUACUCUGUUAAAAGGAAUGUGGCAAGAACCCUUAAUAAUCAACUUGUAUUUGAAUAUAUACUUCAUUGUUUAAGAACAACUUAUAAAUAUUUUGCUCUUCCACACAAAAUUACAAAAUCCAGCCUUCUAAAGCUUGGAGAUUCCACUGCAGGUAUUUCAGAGUAUUCUAAAGAAGUAAUAAAUAAUGAUCCAGCUGUUCAAGCAAAAGAUGACAAACUUAAAAGCUCAGUUUUGGCUCGGGAUCCUGGUGCUAUCAGUCCAUCUGCAAAUACUCACAAAGGACAGCCACUUCCUCUUAAGCAGACUACUGAUCUCUUUGGAGCUCCACCAGCAGAGGAAAUAAGAAAUGUGCACAUCAGUGUAAACCUGGAAAACUCACACUAUAGCAAGACAGAAGCCAGUUGUGAUAGUUCCCAAGAUGUUUCCAUGCACUGUCAAGAAACAGGAGGUGAAGAUGAAAAUUUGAAAAUUGGAAGUGAGGGCCAACAUCAUUUGGCUGCUCACAAUGAGAAUUUAAACAGUAGCAAACAUGGAGAACUUUCUGUCUGUGGUGGCACACAUUAUGAGGCUGAUAGGACCCUGGAUUUAGAACAUUUCCGAAAUCUUACAGUCCAAGGUCGUGAGGGAUUUGUUACUAUAGUUGUCCAGGCUAAUAUUGAUGAAGAAAGCAUAGAAGGAAAUCAUGAUCUAGACGACUCUCUUUACCACUUUACUCCCUCAAUACGGAGCCACACAUUGGAAGUCAUCCACUCUGAUGAAGAAGAGGAGGAUGAAGAACACAGAGUCACUGUUAACCAGAGGGAAGAUGAAGAUGGCAUAGCUCAUGAAGAGGAGUUGGACAACACCUAUACUGGCUCAGGUGAGGAGGACGCACUGUCUGAAGACGAUGAAGAAUUGGAUGAGUCUGCCAAGAAUGAAGACUUGAAAGAAUGUGAGAAACAUGCAGCUAGAACUCUGCUAGGAGAACUGAAUAAAAUAAGUCUUAAGGAAGAAACUGUAUUUGGAGAAUAUUCAACUGAAGACCAGUCUGAUCUCUUCUAUGAAUUUAGUAAACUUCUCUUCACCAAAGGCAAGUCUCCUACAGUGGUGUGUAGUUUAUGCAAACGAGAGGGUCAUCUGAAGAAGGACUGUCCCGAAGACUUCAAACGGAUCCAGCUGGAACCCCUGCCACCCUUAACACCCAAAUUUUUAAAUAUCUUAGAUCAAGUUUGCAUCCAGUGCUACAAGGACUUUUCACCAACAACUUUGGAAGAUCAGGCUCGUGAACAUAUUCGGCAAAACUUGGAAAGUUUCUUAAGGCAGGAGUUUCCAGGAACUAAAUUGAGCUUGUUUGGCUCCUCGAAAAAUGGUUUUGGUUUCAAACAGAGUGACCUUGAUGUCUGUAUGACAAUUAAUGGACUUGAAACUGCUGAGGGCUUGGACUGUGUAAGAACUAUUGAAGAUUUAGCAAGAUUCCUCAGAAAACAUUCAGGUCUAAGAAACAUCUUACCUAUUACAACAGCAAAGGUACCAAUUGUAAAGUUCAUCCAUUCAAGAAGUGGUCUUGAAGUGGAUAUCAGUCUGUAUAACACACUGGCCCUUCACAAUACAAGGUUGUUAGCUGCUUAUUCAGCCAUUGACCCUAGAGUGAAAUACUUGUGCUAUACCAUGAAAGUGUUUACAAAGAUGUGUGAUAUUGGUGAUGCAUCAAGAGGCAGCUUGUCAUCAUAUGCGUACACUCUUAUGGUGCUGUAUUUUCUCCAGCAGAGGAACCCACCAGUCAUUCCUGUUCUUCAAGAGAUAUACAGAGAUGAAACAAAACCUGAAAUACUUGUUGAUGGCUGGAAUACAUAUUUUUUUGAUCAAAUAGAUGAACUGCCUACCUUUUGGCCAGAAUAUGGGAAAAAUACAGAAUCUGUUGGGCAACUAUGGUUGGGACUUCUUCGAUUCUACACAGAGGAAUUUGAUUUUAAAGAACAUGUUAUAAGUAUAAGGAGAAAAAGUCUGCUUACAACUUUCAAGAAACAGUGGACCUCAAAAUACAUUGUUAUUGAAGAUCCUUUUGAUUUGAAUCAUAAUCUCGGAGCUGGAUUGUCAAGGAAAAUGACAAAUUUUAUAAUGAAAGCUUUUAUCAAUGGAAGAAGAGUAUUUGGUAGUCCUGUCAAAGGAUUUCCAAAGGACUAUCCCUCCAAGAUGGAGUAUUUUUUUGAUCCAGAUGUACUAACUGAAGGAGAACUGGCUCCAAAUGAUAGAUGUUGCCGAAUCUGUGGGAAAAUUGGACACUUCAUGAAGGAUUGUCCUAUGAGAAGAAAAGUGAGGCGACGGCGAGAUCAGGAGGAUACUCCGAACCAAAGAUACCCAGAGGGCAAAGAAAAACGAAGCAAAGAAGACAAAGACAUCCAAAAGAAAUACACAGAAAAGGAGAUAUCAGCAAAGGAAGAUAAGUCCCUGCAGCGCACAUCUCAGAAAGCCAAGCCCUCGAGGGCUGCUGCUGACCUGGGUAGAGAGAAGCUUCUCAGACCUCCAGUGGACAAGUGGAAGAGACAAGAUGACAGAGACAGUUUAAGAGAUAAGCGUUGUUUUAUUUGUGGAAGAGAAGGGCACAUUAAAAAAGAAUGCCCUCAGUUUAAAGGCUCACCAGGUAGCCUUUCCAGUAAAUACAUGACUCAGGGAAAAGCCUCACCGAAGAGGACCCACCAGGAAUCAUGA